GCGCCCGCCGACGCUGCCGCGUUGCUAUGGAGACCGAGCUGCGAGUGACGGCGGCCUGAUCCAGGCCCCGGCCCGGCCCUGGGAGGGCCCCGUGGGGGCGCAGCCCAGAGCUGCGAGGGUAAAAGAUCAUCUUGAAAAAAAAGCCAUUAGCCUCUGGUGUUUCUACCAUAAAGGAAAAGCCGGUUCUAAAUCCACCAUAUGUAAUGAAACAUUGAUGUAUGACAGUAACGGCAGAUCUUUGGAUAAACCUAGGUUGAGUUGUAUCAGGAGCUUAUUUAGUUUCAAGUUGUAAAAUGUACUUGUUUUUAGUGAGAUCAGAUACAUCCUUGGAAAUAAGAUAACUUAGUAUGAGUUUCAACAUUACUUAAGGUACUGACCGACCUGGGAAUGAGACUCAUUGCCUGAUGUAUAUUUAACAAUGUUCUUAAUACACUAUAUGCCAUUAUAGCAAGAAGAGCUGUUGUUAUUUUGAUACAUCAUCUUUCUUGCAUAUAGUUAGGUCUGUGAUGUUAACAACGAUCUGUAGCUGCUUUUUCUUACAAAGAACAAACUCUGUCCCAUUUUUCACUCUCAUGAUCCAGUUCUUGUUGUGAGGUUAUUUGUUUACAAAUAUAAGAUGUAACCAUACUUGCAAGUGGCUUUUAAUCACAGAUAAACAAGGAACCCUCAAGCCUGAGUCCAGGAUCCUGAUUACCUGGUUUCAUAAAAUAAGUAAGUGGUCUUUGGUACUUGUGGUCUGCUGUGAAGUAACUGAGGUACAGAAGAACCGAGGGGAAGUAAACAAAUUCUCUUACCCAGGGAGGAGGAAUGAAUGGGCGAGUACCUCUAGCUGAAAAAGCUUUGUCUGAAGGCUAUGCCCGGCUCCGUUACAGGGACACCUCCUUGCUUAUCUGGCAGCAACAACAGCAAAAGUUGGAAUCUGUACCCCCUGGGACUUACUUGAGUAGGAGCCGGAGCAUGUGGUAUUCACAGUAUGGAAAUGAGGCCAUAUUAGUAAGAGACAAAAACAAGCUUGAAGUCUCUCGCGAUACUGGACAGUCGAAAUUUUGCACUAUUAUGUAAUUUUGAUGUGAACACAAUUUUUGAGUCCAAGCAUCAAGAAAGAAUUAGCCAAGACUGCACUUGACUGUCAUGCUAUUUAUUUCUCAUCAUUCCUGAGGUGAUUUAUUUUGGGGGGGAUAUUAAGCCUCUCAAGGGUCAACUUUCCUAACAUCAAGUGUUAUCUGGAAGAAAAAAGGAAUCAUAAAGUGGAUUUGUACACUCUUUGGAUAAUUUAGCCCUAACUGUAAAUAAAACAGUAACUGUCACCUACUUGCUACAUUUAGACUAUCCCAUGUGUUGGAAAGCUGGGAGGUGCUGCUGCUUGACAAGGAUUGGAUCACCCCAUGGUCUUGCUAUCAUAGCAACUCUGCAGUAGCUGGUAUCCUGCUUCUGAAUAGAGUGAUAUGAAGUGCACGUUUGCAACAAAGAAACCAGUGGAGGCCCUGUUGUGUGUAGGGGGGGACUUAUGCUUUUUAAAUGCGGACUUCUGCCUAGUAAAGAAGGGUACUGAUGUCAGAAACAACAGAGGUCUUUACCUCACAUGCAGUGCUACCAAUAGCUACAGAAGAGUGGAAGUUUAUGCUUUGUAGUUGGAAUUUCAACGUGUGUCACCAUAAUUCCAUUAGGAAUUUGGUUACCCUUGCGUUUUUCUAACUUGUGGUUGAGAUUGCUUGCAUUUCAUUUAAAAGUGAUGAUUAUACGCAUCAUGUUGUGGUAUGUCAUCCACUUAGGGCUUGUCCACAAGCACAUUCACAGUAACAUCAAGGAAACAAGAUAAUUUUCAAACACUAUGUCAGCUUCUAAAGAGUUAAGUUUAAUCAUGUGAAUGGCUAAAUAAGUUAGGUUUACAGCUUCUUUAACAGUGUCUCACUAUAUCCUCUUGCAUACCAUGUUGCAUUCCGCCAUCAUUUUUACAGUAUUUAAUGUAUUUUUGGUUUUGUGUUUUGCACACAUACUGAUAUGGGUGGCCUAAAUUGGUAGUUUCUGUAAUCAGUCAUUUUAUAUGGAUUUGCUGUCUGCUGUAAUUAAAGUCAACUUGGCUACAUCAA